AUGGCACCACCCGUCGAGAUCUCCAUCCCAACCACCUCGGUCAACUCUCCCCCCGACUCAAAGCCCUUCACACAAUACAACAUCACCCUGCGCCUGCCCCUGCGCUCGUUUGUCGUGCAAAAGCGUUACUCGGAGUUCGCAACACUACACGACGAGCUCGUCAGGACGGCCGGCGCCGCCCCGCCCCAACCGCUGCCCGGAAAGCACUGGUUCAAGUCGACCCUCUCCUCGCCCGAGCUCACCGAGGACCGCCGCCGCGGGUUGGAAACAUACCUCCGCGCCAUCGCAGAAUCACCAGACCGCCGAUGGCGUGACACACAGGCCUGGAGGCAGUUCCUGAACCUGCCGUCCACGGGCGGCGGCAGCGCUGCCAGCUCCAGCGGCAUCGGCGUCGAGGGGCGGGUGCCGGCCAUUAACCUGCACGGGGCCAAUGCCGCCGCCGCCAACGACCCCACGACGUGGACCGACCUACACCGCGAGAUGAAGGGCCACCUGCACGAGGCGAGGCUACAACUCGCCCGCAGGGACGCCGCCAACGACUCGGGAGCCGGAUCCGGCGCCGGGUCGAAGCAAGGCUCGACGGCAGCGGUGGAGGCCGGCGCGUCGGCCAAGAGGGCCCUGGUGAGGGCAGGCAGCCUGUUGACCGCGCUCGAGGGCGGGCUGAAGGCCAUGGGCGAGGCCAAGAAGCUGGGCGAGGGCGAGAUGAGGCGCAGGAGGGACCUGCUGGCCGCCGCGCGCGCCGAGAGGGACGGCCUCGAGAAGCUGAGCUCCAGCCUCGCCUCGGCUAGGGGCGCCAGGGAAGGCGCGCCCAGCUCUGGCGACAAGGCUACGCUGCUCUCGGGCGCGGGCGAGUCGUCGUCGAGGGCGAGGAUGGGCGGCAGGGUGCUGGGGGCGCCGCUGCCGGAGACGGAGAGAACUAGGGAGCUGGAAAACGUCGGGGUGGUGCAGCUCCAGCGGCAGCAGAUGCAGGAGCAGGACCAGGAUGUGGAGGAGCUGGCCAAGAUUAUCCGGCGGCAGAAGGAGAUGGGGCUCGCGAUCAAGGGCGAGGUCGAGGUGCAGAACGAGAUGCUGGACCAGAUGGAUAAAGACGCGGACCGCCUCGAGGCCAAGAUGAAGGUGGCGAACAGCAAGGCGCGGAAGCUGGGCAAGUGA